AUGCCUCGCGAUUCAAAACCCUCACCUAAAACUCGCCACGACCCGUUGCUCAUUCAGCUAGACAACGAUGAACAUCAAGUAAAAUAUGGACGGAUAUCGGAGCCCGGAAGGCGGCAGAAAUCAUCGAAAAAUUUUCUAGGAGACGAUGAAAACAUAGAGGCUGUACUGGACCCGAAGACUUCAAGGCGCAUUUUUGAAUUGGCAAGAACUCAGCAAGACGAGUUGGAUGGGUUAGAUGAGGAGAUCGUAGAAGAUGCACUGGAUGAAUGGAUUACUAGGAUUGUUAACGCUGAAGAUGAGGUUGAAGAGGUUGACGGAACCGAAGACGAUCAGAGAGAAGAUGCAGAGGAGAUCUUUGAAAUCGAUCCAGACGAUUUGGAGACCCUGGACGCUUUGCUACCUCAUAACAUCGAUGAACGAAGAACUUUGGCCGACGUCAUAUUCUCAAAGCUCGAUGAAAAUGUCGGUGCCAUUCAGAAAGUACAGCAGAAAGAUCGUUCAAGACCGGAUCCAGCAUUAGGACUUGACCCAAUGGUGGUUGAAAUGUACACAAAAUUAGGCCUGUACCUCAGCAAAUAUAGGUCGGGAUCUCUUCCCAAACCGUUCAAAGUUAUCCCUACUUUUCCCGCAUGGGCUCGCAUCCUCGCACUUACCGAGCCUGAAAACUGGUCGCCUCAUGCAUGCCGUGCUGCGACUCGGAUAUUUGUCUCAACCAUGAAGCCAGCUCAGGCCCAACUUUUCCUCAGUGUAGUUCUUUUAGAAGCAGUACACGAAGAUAUCCGAGAAAACAAGAAACUGAAUGUCCAAUAUUACGAGGCUUUGAAGAGGGCUCUGUAUAAGCCCAGCGCGUUCUUCAAGGGUAUUCUCUUCCCCAUGCUCACUCAAGGGUGUACCUUGAGGGAAGCUGCUAUCUUGGCAUCCAUCCUGGCCAAAGUGAAAAUACCUGUUCUCCAUGCCUCUGCCGCAUUGUUGCACAUCGCGGAGAUGGACUAUACAGGUCCCAACUCCCUCUUCAUUCGGGUUCUGAUUGACAAAAAGUUCGAACUCCCUUACAAAGUUGUUGACGCCCUCGUUUUUCAUUUCAUCAAACUUUCCAACACCUACAAACCACGUAGUCGUCACGAGUCUGAACAUCUUCCAGUGCUCUGGCAUCAGAGUCUACUCGCUUUCGUGCAACGAUACGCCUCCGAUCUUACUCCAGACCAGAAGGAUGCCUUACUGGAUGUCAUACGAGCAACAUCACACCCACAAAUCAGUGCCGAGGUCCGACGUGAACUACUCAAUUCAGUUGUAAGGGGUGCACCAAAAGAGAAUGUGGAUGGAGACAUCGAGAUGGCGUGA